AUGGCGAGUCCGCCCGGUUCGGCCGCGGCUCGACUCUGCUUCGGCUUGUUCUUACAACAACAAUGUGAAAAUACCGCUGUCUUAACAAAGCACAGCGCUGGGGGCGGGGCGGGGCGGGGCGGGGCGGGCAGGCCCUGGGCAGCACCUCCAUCCCGGCCUGUUGCUACGCGACCGCGACGCCUUGCGGCCGUGGCUGCCCUCCGCGGCGGCGGCCCCGAGCUUCGCUCCUACCUGAGGCGGCACGGACUCGUCCGGAUCUACGAGGCUCUACUUUGUGGUGUAAUUGUCAUGCGUCCAGAAGACUCACUUAUAUUUUUAGAGGAAAAGCUCAGGGAAGUAAAGGAAAAGGGAAUAGAUGCUGUUUUAAGGUAUCUGUGUAUUGAUUCGUCUUUACACCCAAAAUUAAAGAGGAUUUCAGAAACUCACCUGGACACAAUUUUUGGAGUAGAUACACAACUGGUAAAAAUCAUCAAAGGAUGGAUAAAAUACAAUUUGCUGAAAAAGAACAAAAGAAAAAAGGCAGAGCAGAAGAUGGCUCUGGCAGUAGUUCAUUAUGACAUCCAAAUAUUAAAAACAGUACACAAGUGGAGCAUGUGGGUUCAGAUUCACAAGGGAAAAAUUGCAUGCAAGUUUACACAGUUAUUCUACUCUGAUUCUAAUGAUCUUACCAUCAAACAUAACCGUUUCCCAGAAAAAGCCCUAUUACAGAUCUUCCAUCUACUUUCCCGUUAUGUAAAUAUUGUUGAUCUAGCAAGAUGUGCUCAAGUUAGUCAAGCCUGGGUGCUAGUAACUCAGAACAGUUCGUUAUGGAGGGAUAUCAAUUUUUCAUCAGUAAAGCAUAAGGUUCAGGACAAAAUAGUAGUAAAUAUAUUGCAGAAGAGGCGUCCUUGUGUACUGUACUUGAACCUUCAAGGUUCUCUCUCAAGUUCUCUUCACUGGCCAAGCUUUAUAACCAUCAGUGAAUGUAGGAAUUUGCAAGAUUUAAAUCUCUCUGAAUGUCAGGGGUUGAAUGAUGAAUCAAUGAGACUCAAAUCUGAAGGCUGCAGUCUCUAUUUAAAUUUGCCAUAUGCACAUAUUACUAAUGGAACACUACGACUUUUGUCAAGGAGCUUUCCCAAUUUGCAGUACUUCAGUUUAGCUCACUGCAGAAAAUACACAGACAAAGGUUUACAGUACCUGGGCACUGGCACAGGAUGUCACAGGCUCAUCUUGGAUCUUUCAGGUUGCAUUCAGAUUUCAGUUGAUGGCUUCAGAAAUAUUGGCAAUGGCUGCAGUGGGAUUCAAAAUUUGCCAAUCAGUGAAAUGCCACCUCUUACAGACAGAUGUAUUCAAGCUCUGGUUGAAAAAUGUCGACAAAUAACAUCUGUAGUGUUUCUUGACUCUCCACAUCUUUCUGAUACAACUUUUAAAGUCCUUACUGAAUGUAAACUUGUUAAAGGCAGGAUUGAAGGAAAUAACCAAAUUACUGACCUGAGUUUCAAGAUGAUGAGUAAAUACUGCCAAUACAAGAUGCAUAAUCAUUUUGCAGAAUGCCAGAAGAUAACAGACGCUGGUCUUAAGAUGAUUUCAAAACUGAAAUAUACUCUUGUCUUAAACGUGGCAGACUGCGUAAGAAUCAGCAAUGGAGGUGUACGGCCAUUUGUACGAGGUUCUUCAGGAGCUGAGCUGAGAGAGCUGAAUUUGGCUAACUGUAUCCAUGUCACUGAUGCUUCUGUCAAAGAAAUAGCACAAAGGUACCAUUGCCCAAUGUCAUCAAUGACCUACCUUAAUCUACAUCACUGUAAAAAUGUGACUGAUGCUGGAAUUGAAGCUUUGGGAAAUAUGUUGUCAGUGAUAUCUAUUGAUCUCUCUGGAACCUGCAUCUCAGAUUCGGGUUUGAGAGCCCUUGGCCACCAUGGAAAAAUCAAGCAGCUUUCUCUAUUGGAAUGCAAAAACAUUAAUGACACUGGGAUUCAGGUGUUCUGCAAAGGCAUUAAGCAGCUGGAAUAUUGUCAUGUCUCCUGCUGCCAUCAGGUGACAGAUGAAGCUGUGAAAGCUUUGGCAUUUCAUUGCCACAAACUGACAUCUGUCAGCAUAGCUGAUUGUCCAAAGAUCACUGAUACCUGUAUCCAGUACUUGGCCACAGCUUGCAAUUAUCUCCACUUCUUAGACAUCUCAGGUUGCAUUAAUCUUAUUGACAAAGCACUGAAAUGUCUUUGGAAAGGGUGUAAGCAUCUCCAGAUUCUCAAGAUGCUCUACUGUAGAAAUAUUACCAAACAAGCUGCCUUGAAAUAUACUGCCAAACUGGAGCAACAAGACCAAAGUAAUGCUGACCCUCCUUCCUGGCUCGGCUAUGACAGGGACGGUAACAUACCUUCACCAAAAAGCACAAGUGAGAACCUGGUUGAAUGAAUUCUUCAAAAGUAG